AUGUUGGAUCUUGGGAAGUGUCAUGAGCGUCGAUCUGCCAUUGUUGCGCGUGAACUUGCGCGAUAUGACAUCGAUGUUGCUGCGCUCAGCGAGACAAGAAUCUCUGCAGCAACACAGUUUGAGGAGAGAGGUGCUGGUUACACCUUCUUUUGCCAAGGUCAUCCUGCAGGUGAGGUGCGUACUGGUGGAAUGGGCUUUGCCAUUCGUAGCACACUCCUGAAAUCUGUACAUGAGGUACCUUAUGGUAUUUCACCACGCCUAAUGAGGAUGCAGCUCAACCUGGAGGGUGGUCACACUGCUACCUUGAUCAGCUGCUAUGCGCCAACGCUUGGAGCAACUUUUGAGGAGAAGAGCUUGUUUUAUGAGCAGCUCGGUGACGCUGUUCGUUCAACACCACACAGCCAUCAGUUGUUUGUCUUGGGUGAUUUUAACGCCCGUGUGGGUAAAGACCACAUCUUGUGGCCAAAAGUGCUUGGACGAAAUGGAGUUGGUAGGGAAAAUUCAAAUGGAACCAUGCUCCUCGUAUUUUGUACAGAGCACAAUCUUGUGGUGACAAAUACAGUCUUCCAACAGGCUGACAGGAAGAAGACUAGCUGGAAACAUCCACGUUCAGAACACUGGCAUCUCAUCGACUACAUACUUAUCAGACAACGCGAUCUUCGUCUCGCUCGUCUAACUAAAGCGGUGCGAGCAUCAACAAUGUGGUCAGAUCAUCGCCUCAUCAAGAUGUCGGUGUUUCUUAUUGUGAAACCGGUCAGAAGGCCUCACAAAACUGUAAGGAAAGCCAAACUGGAUGUGACUCGGCUAACAGAACCUCGCUUCAGCGGCGUCAAAAAUAAAUGUUUUCCAAGUGAUUACAGUUAUUUGUACAAUCUAUAA